AGCGCGUAGGACUCGAACACAUAUCAACUGAACGGAAAUUUCCUGCGAGUCGAGUCAUUUAAGAUGACCACGUCAAAAUGCCGUCCAGCAGCUACACAAAUCGGAAAUAAAUACGCCACCUUCCUCGAGAUCACCUCAGUUUAUACUAGUUAUAUGAUCAGCCAGACACAUUGACCUGACUCUGCCUAUUUUCUUAAUGACUCAUAAAGAAAAAGAGGCACACAUCAUCACAUCACAUGAGACCCCUGCAAGCAAUCCGGCACCGGAGAAGCAAGCCUCCUUCCUUCCGUCGUACGACGUGCUGGCUACUUCGCAGAAACCAACCGAAAACCGCCGGGCGCAGCAACGUCCUAGACAUAGCUAAGCCAGCCACGACGCCUGCAAUUACCUGUACUUUGGUUGGCAUCCAUGGAGAGGCUGCUUCCUUCCCAGAACCUAUGGACUCCUUCCUCCCCCGUCACCACCCCCUUAUUUAAGCACCCACCCACCAUUCUCCUCUCAUUCUCCAUUCACCACUGUUGCAAGCUGGGCCGGGUGUUCUUGAUCCUUUGUUCUUCGCCGUCGACGAGGAUCGGGCACAGCAUGGGCGUCGACAGGGGGAGCACCUCGGUGCAGUUUGACGACUUCCUGCCGUCGAUGGCGAAGAAGCUCGGCGCAGAGGGGCUGAUCCAGGAGCUCUGCAAGGGGUUCCAGCUGCUCAUGGACCCCAGGGCCGGCAGGAUCACCUUCCAGAGCCUCAAGAGGAACGCUGCUAGGCUGGGGCUCGGCGAGCUCCGGGACGACGAGCUCCAGGAGAUGAUGAGGGAGGGGGACAUGGACGGGGACAGCGCCCUGGAUCAGACCGAGUUCUGCAUUCUCAUGGUCAGGCUGAGCCCUGAGCUCAUGGAGCAAGAGUCGCAUAGGAUGUUUGAAUGUUGAUGUAACUUGACUUUUGUUACUUGCAUACAAUAGAACAUACUGAUUGCCAGUGA